UCAGUAAGGUGAAAUGACAGAAGAUGUCGAGGUUGAAGUAUUCCCGUACCUGGACAACACCACCCACCUGUACCUGGUGGUGGCAGUCAUGUGCACCGCCGCUGUCAUAGCAAUAGCUGGUAACCUAUUAGUGAUCAUACUGUUCCUGAGGAUGAAGAGAGUAGCUAGACUAACCCCUCACAUAUUCCUUACGAACCUUGCGUUGUGUGACUUGAUCCUAGGACUAAAGCUACCCUUCUUCUUCCUGAUAACCCUCGCCAAGAGGGACCCUUGGAUACUUGCCAAUAAUCACGUGUGUUCCGGGGUAGGGGUUACAGACUCCUUUGCGUUUAGGAUCGUCGUAGCAGGAAUGACAGCAGUAGCGAUUGAUAGAUACCUGGCUGUGAUACACGCGGUACGAUACCCUAGCAUAAUGUCGGAGAAGAGGAGUUUCAUUAUCAUUUUUGUGAUAUUAUAGAAAACCGAGUUCUAGGUAUUUAGU